AUGUCGACUUCGCGCAAGCGCCCUCGCGCCGAGGUCGAGGAGAACAAGGCCGAGUGCCCCUUCAGCAUCACCUACGCCGAACCCGACAUCAAGGCACAGAAGAAAUCCAAGAAGAGGAGGAAACCGGAGCAAGAGGAGGAGGAUGGGAAGAAGAGCUCUAAGCAGCUCUCUCCCUUCUCCCCUUCCGGCGACUUCAACGGCAAGAGCGCUAAUGAUGUUCUGGACUUGGAAUACCACGUGCAUCCACAGAAGAAGUGGUUGGAGAUGACACGAUACAAUAGCUUCGUCCUCCAGCGCCAAAAGGCCGCAGCGGAAGGCUCGACAGAUGCCAACGAGCCCGAGAAGGUCCUGAAGCGGUCCAAGUCCGAGGACGACUGGGUAGCGCGCAUUCUGGAGAUCCGCGCUAGUGAUGAACACCACGUCUAUGCGCGCAUAUACUGGAUGUACUGGCCGGAGGAGCUGCCGGAGGGCACGAUGGAAGGAAAGAGAUACACGGGAGGUCGUCAGCCGUAUCACGGCCAUAACGAGCUGAUUGCUUCUAACCAUAUGGACAUUAUCAACGUCGUCAGUGUGACAUUGCCCGCCACCGUCAAGCAAUGGAUUGAAGAGAACGACGAUGAGAUCCAGGAGGCCCUCUAUUGGCGCCAGGCCUUCGACUGUCGCACCCAGCAGCUCUCGCCCGCCAACCCGGACAAGACCCUCGUCGGGUGCUCCAACAAGGAAUGCGGAAAGUGGCUACACGAGCACUGUCUUCGAGAAGAAACCCUGAUGCGAACAUAUGAGCGACUUGGCAAGGACAAGCCCCACUUCACCGCGAAACCCCCGACAGACGGAACAGCGUCGGUCGCUGAAAGCGAAAAGGUCAAAGAAGAAAACCCGCUCGAUGACGGUGUAAACGAACCCCUCAGCCCUACCGAGAGCGGCGCCGAUGUGAAGCAAACAAUCGAUGCCAAGCCGAGCGAUGCGCUGGAAGAGACCAAUGGGCAGUCAGUAACCGAGGGAACGCCUGCCGUUGUCGAUGAGCGCGUUUCGCAACCACCCACUACUCCUGCGACACCAACCAUACCCGAGGUAUCGGCAGCGGCGUCGUCGCGCAAGGCCAGAUCUAUCAAGAAGAAGCCGUCCUCUUUCGACGCAAAGCCGUGGGAAGGCUUGUUUGAGGCGAGGAUCUUGAUGGAUAUGACCCCUUCGACGAUCGAAAUUAGGGACCUUCGUGAGAACGUCACCGAAGGCGAGAAGGUGUGGACUGAGCCGCUGCUCUGCGUUGUUUGCGGAGUGGGAAUCAGCUAA